AUGUCGGUUCAACUCUCGACGCCGUACAAUGCGAACCAGAUGGAGGUGCUGUCCGCGAUUGUCGAUGCCAUCUUCCACGAAUGCGACGAGAACGAACUGCUGUCGGUCGCGCCCGAGUCGUUCACGAGCGAGCAGCGGGAGCAUGUGCGCUUCCUCGCUCGAGCAAAGUACAGCGCUGUAAGUGCCAUGGCUGGUUGUGAUCUCCUGGGCUCCGAAUUGACCCUGCGUUCCCUCCCUCUGACCUGUCUGCCUUGUUGCCGCUGUAUGUGCCGGCUCCGUGAUGGUCCACGCAUUCGGCGCAACCCAUUUCGUGCGCUUGGACCGUUCCCUGCUGGCCAACCAGUUGCCCGGUGCCGUCCCAGCCUUGGCUCACCAAUUCGCCAUCUCGCUCUCCAAAAUCAAUGUCGAUUCGAUCGGCCUCGUCCUGACUCUACUUUCGACCCGUGCCGGAACACUUGUGUUGACCGGUCACACCGGCUUUUUCGUCAAUUUGUCGGUCGAGCAACGCGAGCAGAUUCUCAAAAAUUGGGGAUCGUCCAGUCUGGCGUUGAUGCGCCGAGUGUACCGAGGAUUCGUCUGUGAGUCUCGGGCCUGGGUAUUCAAGCUGUGGUCUAUCAUGUACGCGAAUAAAUAAAACUGAUACCUCUUUUCCAACAUGAAGCGGUCGCAUUGUAUGUCGCCUACACCAACUUUGACCAAAUCGCGCUCGCCACCGGCUUCCCUGCGCUCGGCGAGGCGAACCGAUUCGCCGACAAGAACCGCCUGCGUAACCAUUACGCCUUCGUCUUUGAGAAUAUCAGCGUACCGUACCAGUACAUCGAUACCGAUAUCCUCGUCGUCGGUUCCGGCGCGGGUGGGGGCGUCGUCUCGUCCGAGUUGGCCAAGAAGGGAUGGAAGGUGCUCGUGGUUGAGAAGGGCCCGUAUGUCCGACCUGAAGACAUGUCGGGCAAGCCGAGGGACGGAUUUGAGCAGCUCUAUGAAGGUGCAGGCAUGAUCGCUACCGAGGAUGGUGCGAUGAACGUUCUUGCCGGAUCUACUUUUGGAGGUGGAACGACUGGUGAGUGACUCACGAAGGAACUCCCGAGACGGAAGAUGUGGCGGCUGAUCCAGUGCAUGUGUUUGGCAUCGAAACAGUCAACUGGUCCGCAUCGCUCCGACCUCAACACUAUCUGCGUGAGCAAUGGGCGUCGAUGCACGGCUUGGACUACUUCCUCUCGUCCGACUUUGCGGACUCGGUCGAGUACGUCUGCAACAAGAUGGGUGUCUCGGCGGAGCACCUCAAGCACAACAAGCCCAACUCGUUGAUGGUUGACGCUUCGCUCAAGCUUGGAUACCCAUGUGCUACCAUCCCUGUAAGCGCACUUGGCUCAACCGGUUGCAAUUUGGACGCUUAUUUGACCGCCCCUUUCACAAUUCCCAGCAAAAUACCGGCGGCACCGCCCACCCGUGCGGUACCUGCGGCUUCGGCUGCGUCUACGGCGAGAAGCAGUCCGGUCCCGUUUGUUGGCUCAAAUCGGCGGCUCAGGACGGUGCCAAGUUUAUGGUCGAGACGACCGUCGAGCGUCUGCUCUUCGCGUCGACCCGCAACUCGCCGCCGCCAACGGUUUCGAACUUAAACGACUUUUACCCCAGCGCGACGAGGCGCCACUGCAUCGGUGCGCUCGUCAAGGACGCCAAGGGACAGACUGCCGUCAUCCGUGCCAAGCAAGCCGUCGUCGUCUCGGCUGGAUCGAUCAACUCUCCCGCCGUGUUGAUGCGUUCGGGCCUCAAGAACCCUCGCAUCGGCCGCAACUUGCGCUUACACCCGACGACGUACGUCACCGGUUUCUUCGACGAGGACAUCAAUCCUUGGGACGGCGCGAUCAUGACCGCCGUCUCGACUGUUCACGAGAACUGGGAUGGCACACAUCACGGUGUCAAGAUCGAGGUCAUCCAAUCCUUCCCCGGUGGUCGCGCGGCUUCGUUCCAACCCUGGGCCGGAUCGACGGAGCACAAGAAGGCUCUGGUGCAGUUCGGCAAGUCGUCGACGCUCAUCGCCAUUUGCCGUGAUCGAGGCUCGGGCCGCAUCUUCCUCGACGAGCAGAACAAACCUCGGUUCGACUACGUCUUGGACGCUUACGACGCUCAAGGCCUGCUACGAGGUAUCGUCGCCAUGGCCGAGAUGCACCUCGUUGCUGGAGCGAAUCGCAUCCUCACGACGCAGUCCCUCGUCGAGGACUACAUCCCCGCGCCGGGCCACAAGGGUCUUUCCGACCCCGCUUGGAAGGCCUGGAUCGCCAAGGUGCAAAAGGCGGGUGUCAAGCCGACCUUGUGCGGUGUCGGGUCCGCCCACCAAAUGGGCUCGAACCAGAUGGGGACCAAGCCGACGAACUCGGUCGUCGAUCCUCGUGCGCGCGUAUGGGGUACGCACUCACUCUACGUCGCCGACGCGUCCAUCUUCCCCACGGCUUCGGCGGUGAACCCUAUGAUCACGAACUUGUCCUUGUCGCACUCGGUCUCUCGCUUCAUCGAUGAGGAUCUGCGUGAGAAGCUCGCGCUCCCCAUCAAUGCGAGGUUGUAG